CGUCUCUUCUCGUUGUCCUCUUACUGUAGAAAGUUAGGUUCUCUCUCUCUCUCUCUCUCUCUCUCUCUCUCUCUCUCUCUCAGAUCUCCUUUACUUGCACAAAGGACAUAGCACAAACCGCGACGAGCACAGUUAAAAUGGAACACAAAAAUUUGGACGCAGCCAUAGAAUCUCUUCUAAAUGUAGAAAAGCAAAUGAGGCUUGCUGGCGAUGUUGCCGGAACCAAAAAAGCGGUCAUUGAUAUCGUGCAGCUUUGCUACGAGGCCUGUGCAUGGAAGACUCUUAAUGAUCAAAUUGUUUUGCUUUCAAAGAGAAGGGGUCAGCUUAAGCAGGCAGUAACGGCAAUGGUUCAGCAAGCGAUGCAAUACAUAGAUGAGACACCUGAUAUCGAGACACGAGUAGAGUUGAUUAAAACAUUGAACAAUGUCUCUGCUGGGAAGAUUUAUGUUGAAAUAGAAAGGGCAAGGUUGAUUAAAAAACUUGCGAAAAUUAAGGAAGAACAGGGCCUUAUUGCAGAGGCUGCUGACUUGAUGCAGGAAAUUGCUGUGGAGACCUUUGGUGCUAUGGCAAAAACUGAGAAAAUAGCAUUCAUCCUGGAACAAGUUCGCCUUUGUUUAGACCGCAAGGAUUAUGUCCGUGCACAGAUUUUAUCAAGGAAAAUAAGUCCUCGAGUAUUUGAUGCUGACCCUUUGAAAGAGAAAAAGAAACCAAAGGAAGGGGAUAAUGUUGUUGAAGAGGCUCCAGCUGAUAUACCUUCACUACUAGAGUUGAAGCGAAUCUACUAUGAACUAAUGAUUCGGUAUUACUUUCAUCAUAAUGAUUAUUUGGAAGUUUGUCGUAGCUAUAAAGCAAUAUAUGACAUCCCAUCUGUUAAAGGAGAUCCUGCGCAAUGGAUUCCUGUGCUGAGGAAAAUUUGCUGGUACUUAGCCCUGUCUCCACAUGAUCCCAUGCAAUCAAGUCUUCUCAAUUCUACCUUGGAAGAUAAAAAUUUGUCUGAGAUCCCUAUGUUCCGUUUGCUACUAAAGCAGCUGGUUACAAUGGAGGUGAUUCAAUGGACAUCUCUUUGGGAAGCUUACAAAGAUGAGUUUGAGUGUGAGAAGGAUAUGCCCGGAGGUUCUUUGGGUGAAAAGGCAGCGGAGGAUUUUCGAGAACGGAUUAUUGAACAUAAUAUUCUGGUUGUGUCGAAAUAUUAUUUGAGAAUUACACUGAAGAGGUUUGCGGAGCUAUUGUGCCUCAGUUUGCAGGAAACUGAGAAACAUCUAUCUGAAAUGGUUGUCUCAAAAUCACUGGUGGCAAAGAUUGAUAGGCCAGCUGGCAUAGUGUGCUUCCAAGCUCCCAAGGACAGCAAUGACAUUUUGAACUCUUGGGCUAUGAACUUAGAGAAGCUGCUAGAUCUGGUUGAGAAGAGCUGCCACCAAAUCCACAAGGAAACCAUGGUUCACAAGGCAGCCCUCAAAGUUCAGUAAACGAGUAUCAUAAAUACUGAUGAGUUACAUAGCACUUAAAAUUUAUUUGAAAUAGUACAUUUUUUGUCUGUUUUUCCUUCUUGAUCUUUGGGUUUUCUUCCGAGGUUUAGCAACAAUUCCAAGAUGACCCGUCUCUUUCAUUUGAUGGGUCACAAAAGAAAGCUUUGAGAAUGAUAUGUAAUGAUGGUGAUUUGCGGUUUUAUGAUCUAUGGUUUAGAAAAUCAAAAAAUUGGAGAGAUUCUUAUGUGGCGCCAGGUAUUUGAGGUGACCCAUCUUUUGCUAUUUGUCUUGAUGAUAUCAGUUGUAACCCUACGCAGGUGCAGAUAAUCUGUUGCCAGUGCACCGUCAAAUGAUAUUUGAGUUUGAAUGGGGAAGCUGGUGUAACUUUUGCUUUCA